AAACAUGUAGCAUGUCAACAGCAUAUGGUUUACAGUGAUUAUAAAUAAAGAAUAACUGUUUUGUUAUAAAUAGUAGCUUUAAUAACAGCCUCAUAGUGCAAAGAACCUGUCUCAAAAAGACAAGGUGUGAGGUCUGAGUUAAUUUAAAUCGAUUGGUAGGGUUUAAACAAGAAUUCCUAGGUUACCUAUGGAUAGGUGUCCUGGGAGCACCUUUUAUCUGCAGGUGGCUUCAGCAGUUCACACCUAUCUAACUGCCMGAUCAAGUAAAGCUCCAGAUUCUCUCCUGGCAGCAGGUGAUGCUCUCCCAGGKCUGGGAAUCACCCAGUUGGAUGAGCUCAUUUCCUGCACAGCUCACGUGGGCCUCUCCAGGGGUGAGCUGGAGGCCUGGUCUUUGCCCUGUGUCCAGGGAUGAGGGGAAGGCCCCUUGCCUUUUCUCCUGGGAAAAGAUGUGCUGUUUUAUGAAGCUGAUGACUCUUUGGGGAAUCUUUGUCAUUACUGAAGAAGAGAUGAAGGUUUAGCAGUUUAAUACUGACAUCUUUAAAAAGCUAAUUACAUGGCUAUACAAGAACUAAUUAUGGAGAAGGCUGACGAACCUACCCAAAGGAGGUCUCUGAACAACAACUUUUUUACGUGAAUUGCCAGAAGUGGAGAAGAGAUGGCCAGUUCAGCCCGAGAACACCUGCUCUUCGUGCGCCGUCGCAACCCCCAGCUCCGCUACACCCUGAGCCCUGAGAACCUGCAGAGCUUGGCCUCUCAGGGCACCAUGGCUGAGAACAUGAACUUGCAGCGUGCCAACAGUGACACUGAUUUAGUGACCUCGGAUAGCAGGUCUAGUUUGACAGCCAGCAUGUACGAAUAUACCCUGGGACARUCUCAGAACCUCAUCAUUUUCUGGGAUAUUAAGGAAGAAGUAGACCCAACUGACUGGAUAGGACUUUAUCACAUAGAUGAGAACUCUCCAGCCAAUUUCUGGGAUUCCAAGAAUCGGGGAGUGACUGGCACUCAAAAAGGACAAAUUGUUUGGCGAAUUGAACCUGGCCCCUAUUUUAUGGAAUCUGAAAUAAAGAUCUGUUUUAAAUACUACCAUGGUGUUAGUGGAGCCCUCCGAGCUACUACUCCAUGUAUCACUGUGAAAAACCCUGCUGUGAUGAUGGGAGUAGAAGGUGCGGAUGAAGGUGCUUCUGGAGCCCAGCACUCUAGGAAGUUAGUCAGCUUUACCCUAUCAGAUAUUAGAGCAGCUGGACUUAAAAAAGGCAUGUUCUUCAACCCUGAUCCUUAUCUAAAGAUGUCCAUUCAGCCAGGCAAGAAAAGUACGUUUCCUACCUUUGCUCAUCAUGGCCAGGAAAGAAGGUCGACUAUCAUCAGUAACACAACUAAUCCUGUUUGGCACAGAGAGAAAUAUUCUUUUGUUGCACUUCUAACAGAUGUCCUGGAAAUUGAAGUUAAAGACAAAUUUGCCAAGAGUCGUCCGAUCAUCAAGCGCUUCCUUGGGAAGUUAACCAUACCUGUUCAGAGACUAUUGGAGAGACAUGCCAUUGGAGACCAGGUUCUCAGCUAUAAUCUUGGCAGAAGGCUCCCAGCUGAUCAUGUUAGUGGGUAUCUCCAAUUCAAAGUGGAAAUCACAUCUUCUGUUCAUGAAGAUGCUUCCCCAGAAACAGUUGGCACUUUGCUAGGAACCCACUCUGUGAAUGGAGACUUGGGGAGCCCCUCUGAUGAUGAGGACAUGCCAGCUGGACAUCAUGAUACAUCCACAGUGUGUUCCAAUGGUCCAGUYUUUGAGGAUUCUUCUGGAGACACAAUCCUGAGACACUCUUUAAGGACUAGUAGGACUCUGGAAACAGAUCAGGAUGAGCUGACCUCUGGUGCUUCAAGAUCAUCACCUCCCAGAGGUCGCCAGGACUCACUGAAUGACUAUCUCGAUGCAAUAGAACACAAUAACCAUCCCAGAGCAGGGACAUCUGCCUGUGGUGAUCGUCCACGUGGAGCCUCCCCGAAACUGAGGAGUAGCUUCCCUACUGACACAAGACUYAAUGCUAUGCUUCACAUUGACUCGGAUGAAGAGGAGCACGAGCUACAUCAAGAYCUGGGGUUUCCAUCUUUGGAAGACGAUGGUGGUUUAGUGAUGCUUAAUGGUGCUACCAGAAAUGUUGAAAGAAAUGAUGUGAGCUCCUCAUCAGAUCAGGUAAUGCCAGGGCCUGCAGAGAGUGAAAGGGUUUCAGCCUCUGAUACUCUGCCAGCAACUGAUGACCAGCAAGAKUCCCUUCCAGAGCUUCCACCUGCAGAGGAAGGGGGCGAAAGCCCGCAGGGUUGUCAGGCUGAAGCAGCAGCGGAGCAGGCUGGCAGCGAGUCCUGUGCCGCGGCRGAGGCAGAGCAGCCCCCCGGCACUGCAGACACGGCAGCUGCCGAAGCUGCAGGUGGGAGCAGGAGGGGCGUCAGCGAAACCGAGUCCAUCGACCAAGGCUCUGAGCCCUCGCAGCUGUCCUCAGAGACCGAGCAGAGCGACCCCGCUCGCACCGAGAGCGUCAGCGAGGCCAGCACCCGGCCCGAGGGGGAGAGCGACGCCGAGGGGGCCGACAGCUCCUGCAACGAGAGCGCCACGGUGCGCCGCUCCUCCGUGGAGAUGCGCUGCUCCUCCUGCGAGAGCGCCCGCUUUCCCGAGACUCCAGCCUUCUCCUCUCAGGAGGAGGAGGAGGGGGGAGCCUGUGCCCCCGAGGCGGCCGGAGCGGAGCCCGSUGCUGACACACAGGACUCGGCGGGUGCCGCUGGCUCCCUGCCCGAGGUGCGGUUACCUCGGGAUGAGGCACAGGAGGCUGAGGCGGGAGARCUGCAAGAGAGAGAGGAAGCAGAAGAAAUCUGGCAAAGGAGAAGAAGCCUGCAGGCAGCAGCUGCCCAGAGCCAGUCUCAGGAUGAAGAAGUUGAAGGAGCGCAAGCAGCUUGUGAGGGUGCCACAGCACAGCUUGAAGGAGCUACUGGAGGUUCUCCUGCCAAUGGCCAUCAGCCCUUGAGGUCGUUGCCUUCAGUCCGUCAGGACGUGAGCCGGUACCAGAGAGUGGAUGAGGCUCUGCCACCGAACUGGGAGGCUCGAAUUGACAGCCACGGRCGGAUUUUUUACGUGGAUCACGUGAACAGGACGACAACGUGGCAGCGACCCACAGCUCCCCCAGCCCCACAGAUUCUGCAGAGRUCAAAUUCCAUCCAGCAGAUGGAACAGCUGAAUCGCCGGUACCAGAGCAUCCGAAGAACAAUGACAAAUGACAGGCCUGAAGAGCACACAAAUGCUGUGGAUGGAGCGGCAGAGGAAGCUGAAUUUCACCAUUCUAAUUCAGAUUUUCGAAGAGAGAAUGUGCUGCCUCACUCUACCUCCAGAUCCAGACUUACUUUAUUGCUCCAGUCUCCCCCUGUGAAAUUCCUUAUCAGCCCAGAGUUCUUUACAGUGCUGCAUUCUAACCCUAGUGCCUACCGCAUGUUUACAAAUAACACGUGUUUGAAGCACAUGAUCACCAAAGUCCGGCGGGACACCCACCACUUUGAGCGCUACCAGCACAACCGGGAUUUGGUGGGCUUCCUCAACAUGUUUGCCAACAAACAGCUGGAGCUGCCCAGGGGUUGGGAAAUGAAACACGACCAUCAGGGCAAGGCUUUCUUUGUUGACCACAAUUCACGCACCACGACGUUCAUUGACCCACGGCUGCCCCUGCAGAGCAGCAGACCCACCAGUGCGUUGGUGCACCGGCAGCACCUGACUCGGCAGCGCAGCCACAGCGCUGGGGAGGUUGGAGAGGACUCCCGUCAUUCAGGACCCCCAGUUUUGCCAAGACCAUCCAGCACAUUUAACACAGUCAGCAGAGCUCAGUACCAGGAUGUGGUUCCAGUGGCUUACAAUGACAAGAUAGUUGCAUUUUUGCGGCAGCCCAAUAUCUUUGAAAUUCUACAAGAGCGUCAACCAGAUCUUACCAGGAAUCAUUCACUCAGGGAGAAGAUCCAGUUCAUCCGGACAGAGGGCACACCAGGGCUGGUGCGUUUAUCCAGUGAUGCAGACCUUGUCAUGUUGCUCAGCUUGUUUGAGGAGGAGAUAAUGUCAUAUGUGCCGCCACAUGCCUUACUUCAUCCUAGUUAUUGCCAGUCCCCGMGAGGCUCGCCGGUGUCUUCGCCUCAGAACUCUCCAGGUACUCAGCGUGCCAAUGCCCGAGCUCCAGCUCCCUACAAAAGAGAUUUUGAAGCCAAGCUGAGGAACUUCUACAGGAAGUUGGAGACUAAAGGAUAUGGACAAGGCCCAGGGAAAYUGAAAUUAAUCAUCAGGAGAGAUCACUUGUUAGAAGAUGCCUUUAACCAGAUCAUGGGCUACUCAAGAAAAGACCUGCAGAGAAAUAAACUCUAUGUCACGUUUGUUGGGGAAGAAGGGUUGGACUACAGUGGACCAUCAAGGGAGUUUUUUUUCCUGGUGUCCAGGGAGCUCUUCAAUCCAUAUUAUGGUUUGUUUGAAUAUUCAGCCAACGAUACCUACACAGUACAAAUAAGUCCCAUGUCUGCUUUCGUAGACAAUCACCAUGAGUGGUUCAGGUUUAGUGGUCGGAUCCUUGGUCUUGCUCUGAUACAUCAGUAUUUGCUGGAUGCCUUUUUUACCAGACCCUUUUAUAAAGCCCUCCUCCGAAUACUCUGUGACCUGAGUGACCUGGAAUAUCUGGAUGAGGAGUUUCACCAGAGUUUGCAGUGGAUGAAAGACAAUGAUAUACAUGAUAUCCUGGAUCUCACAUUUACUGUAAAUGAAGAAGUUUUUGGGCAGAUCACAGAACGGGAACUAAAACCAGGAGGUGCCAAUAUCCCAGUGACUGAAAAGAACAAGAAAGAAUACAUAGAAAGAAUGGUGAAAUGGAGAAUUGAGAGGGGAGUUGUACAACAAACAGAAAGUCUAGUUCGUGGUUUCUAUGAGGUGGUUGAUGCAAGACUGGUGUCUGURUUUGAUGCCAGAGAACUGGAACUGGUUAUAGCUGGAACAGCAGAAAUUGAUUUGASUGAUUGGAGAAAUAAUACAGAGUACAGAGGAGGUUAUCAUGACAAUCACAUUGUAAUUCGGUGGUUCUGGGCUGCUGUGGAAAGGUUCAACAAUGAACAACGACUAAGACUUUUACAGUUUGUUACAGGCACGUCCAGCAUUCCCUACGAAGGCUUUGCCUCUCUCCGGGGGAGCAAUGGGCCCAGGCGCUUCUGCGUGGAGAAGUGGGGCAAGAUCACUGCUCUUCCAAGGGCUCACACUUGUUUCAAUCGUCUGGACCUUCCCCCUUACCCAUCAUUCUCUAUGUUAUAUGAAAAACUGUUGACAGCAGUAGAAGAGACAAGUACUUUUGGACUUGAGUGAUACACAAACCACAGUGCCCAGCUCAUUGGACUUUUGUGGAUCUGUCUUCUCAAGGAAUGAAUGAAUGAACUUUUGUAUUGGAUUUCCUAGAGGAAAAUUGUUUCAUGGUGCAAUUCAAAUAAUGAGGUUCCACGAAAGAGCUUGUGAAGCAAUUAAAAAGCAUUGUGGUAGUGGCAGAGUUCUCAACAGUGAAACUAGAGUGUGCCUGGUGUGCAGGGAAAGCCAAGUCUUGCGAUCCAUGGGGUUUUGGGAUGGCUACACUUCCUAACUUUAUGUUCUGAGCAAACCAGAAACGUGAUGCCAUGUCGUGAUCCGUGGCUACUGCAAAACUGACACGUACCCAAGAACUGGAUUUCAUCAGAGCUGUUGAACAGACAAUUCAAGGCAAAAUGUGAAAUCAUUCAGCCCCUUACCUACCCAGUAAAUUAUCRAAAAAAGCAUACAACUGAACUUUUUUGAAUUCUUCUUUUCUAAUUCAUAAAGAUCCAUUAUGCCAUAUGUUAUAACAGCAUAGUCAACACUUGCUUUACUUAAGACUACGAGUGCCUGUAUGGGCUGCACCACAGAGCUGAAGUUCCUGGGGCAGAAGUGAAUUGGAAGCAAAGUCAGCAACAAAGGCUGUAACAACAACGGCUUGUGCAUUGAGGAGGUUUGUGGAAAUGCGUUUGCCAGUGGUGUGUAUGACAAAAUAUGAGCUGUUACAAUGAACUUAAUAACUUAAUAAGACUGAUUUUAUGCUUUAUACUGCAUGGAAACUAUUUUAAGAAGAAACUAGCAAUUUAUCACAGCAUAUCAGGAAAAAGCCCUAACACGGUGACUUCUGUUUAUUUUUAUAGGUUCAUUAUAUUAUGUUUCUUAGAGUGUAAACAGGAAACAAGCAAACAAAAGUGUUAUUUCUGUUUUGUCACUUUCCAUGCUUGAACAGACAUUCUGCUAGUGUUUAUUCUUUAAGCACUCUCCAGGGAAAAAAAUGCCUUUUAUUUUUAUAAGAGUAAAAAAAAAACUCCCAAAAAUAUUUUGCACUGAAUGUACCAAAGUUGAAGGGACAUUAUGAUCUGACUGAUAGCAAAUUGCAUCACUAUCAAAUAUCUAUAAAAAUGCUUAGGAACCAGGCUUUCUUCACAGUGCCAUGUCUAUAGAUAUCAGGACUGUGCACAUAAGUAAUAAUUUUAUAAUACUAUAUGUAAUAUUGUAAUAUGCAUUUAUUUUAAAUGCAUCYGGGUCAUUUUUCAUGCAUUGGAUAACUUAAUGCAGUGGAGUUUAAUACAGAUAUUUCAUACGAUCCCCACAACUUUUUAUUUGUACAGCACCAUAAAACACUAGCUCAUUUGGAAAACCAUGAAUAACCUACUUCAAGGUGAGCCACCAGUCAUAAUGCCACUGUCCUGUAUCAGUGAACACCUACAAGAUGUAAACUGUUCAUAGUGUCCAAGCUUGCAUUUUCACUGAUAAAGUGUUUUCUUAUCAAAUGUUAUUUGAAGCAGUUUUUAUGGCGUAUCAAACACUGCAUGGACACCAAUUUCUUUACGCUUAAUUUUGCUGAAAUACACGAGGCUUGCUUGCAUCUAUUUUUGGUACUUUUCCUCCAGAUGGUCUUGUGGAACACUCCUGCAGCUGCGCCCCAUUUCUUGUGCAGCUGCUGUCACGCACUGCACCCGCCACAUUUUAAAAUYCCAGAAGCUGCACUUGGAUACUGGAUGACAAGAACAUGAAUUUAGCUCUGUGCUGACCCUUUUGGCAGCAGGGCAGCACAGCAAGCCCUGCUCUGUGGGAAAAGUAGCUUUUGAAGUAACGUUCUCACUUUGGAGGCUCUUGAAGGGGCAUCUGAGGGAGGUAUCCUGCUUGUUCUUGUGGGAGGUUUUUUCCAGCAGAGGCAAACAUCCCUGGAGAUGUCAUCAGCACAGACUGUUGGUCCACCCUCCGAGGCAGAAGGCAGGUGCAGUUGUGGUGGUGACUGAGGAAACCCUUCAGACCCUUGGAAAAGCAAAACCAGAGGGAAAGCGUUCUUUUAUUUCAAAAAUAAUUGCGCUUCUGCAUGACAUCUGGGACUCUCUUAUGUAACUUAGGUUUUUUUAGGCUACUUCUGGCUGGUUUGAAGUAGCAAAGAAAAAUCCAAACAUAUCACCCUGUUUCUAUGUAUUUAUCAGUCUUCGUUAAGAUUGCAUGUCACAGGUCCUAAUGCACAUCUUUUUUCAGAACAUGAAUGAGCAGUAGGCAAACUUGCUUUUCAGUAGGUCACUCCAGCAUGGCUCAUGUUUCAUAUGAUCCAUUCACUGAGUMGCUGAAACUCUGGCACUCGGAGCAGAAUGCAACUUCUGAUUGGUUGAAGGACUACAGAAUUUUCAUUUUUCAAUGCUGUGUUAUCUGUGGUCUAAAAAAGAAUUUCCCUGGUGGAAACUGUAUCUUCAAGUUUUGAACUAGAUACUCUUUGGAAUGAAAAGUUUAACUAYUUGGCACAAAGUAAGUUUAUACUAGUUUGCCUUUUAAGUUAUGCUUUUGUACAAAACAAAAACAAUAAAUGCAUCUUGUCAAUUUUUAUUUAAAUAUAUCUACUGCACCUAUUUGUUCUGUAUUUAUGCAUGUAAAAAUAAUUUUAUCCUGAUGAUCCAUGUAUUGAUGAUAUGGUAUCAUAGCCAUGAUGAUCCAGUAUUCUGUAAAGAUGUGACAGGGUCACCARUGGGGCAGCUGUCAGGUAGAAAAUAGAUAAAUUAAAAAAAAAAAAAAAGUCCAGAAUCUUUGUAGCAUUAAACCCAAGAGAGACUAAGGAGAAGUUGUGCUUCCUCCUCUGCUGCCAACAUCCCCUGGGGGACUCCAGAAAAGCACUGUGUGAAGGUUGAGGUGUCACUGGAUACAGCUCCCUGUGGUGCCUGCAGCACUUGGCUCUUUGUGAUGGUGUAAGUGAUGCUGCAGCUCUGAAGGGAUUAGCAAGGAGGGAGUAGAGGAGAGGAAGCCUGAGCUUAGUCAAAUACCCACAUCUCCUGGCAACUGCUUGGAAUGGUCUCCCUUUGGUUUUGGAAGCCAUUCCUGUUCAGUGUGCCCCGAGUGAAAGCCAGCUUUCAUGUCCUGGAGCUGAUGGCACCAGGCCACCACAGUGCUAUUGCUUGUGACUUGCUGUGUGACAGGGAUGAGGUCCACAUAGAGAAAGGCUGAGAAGCCUUUCCAAAGCUCUGUAUCUCCUCUGAGCUUUUCCAGAUGGUGCUAAGKAGCUUUGCAUUUAGGAAGAGAAAAAGUAGACAAAAGAAUCCCUUCAGGCAAUGACAGGUGGUGCUAACCUAACCUGCAGCAUCUCCAUCACACAGGUUGGCAGGGAGCUCCCUGCACGAGUUUAAGGGAGGUGCCCAUGUUUCCUGCUCUGCUGGGAGGUACAGCCACACAUCACCAGCCAAACAGCAGCUCAUGGGUCACUGGAGUCUGGGCAGGCUGGCAGCAGAGUGGCUCUGUCCCCUGCACSCCAGCAGAGGUGUGCUCUGCUCACCUGGCACGGCUGGCGUCAGGUUAUACCAGGCACUCCUAAAUACACCAGAAAAGCUUGGAAUCAAUGAAGUUAUGCAAUGUGGCACCUGCUGCAGCAAACAGUCACCCAUUCAGAGUCUGCAGGCCAGCAGCUGUCAGGGGAGCAGUGCCUUUGCCCACAGCAGGCAGGGGACAGCCAUCUGCCACCUCUGUCACACUGCCAGCAGCACCUGCCAGGGCAGGAUGGAAAACCCUUUCAAUCCAGACCUUUUUCCUCACCCCUCCCUGCCUGCUGUUUUUUCCUUGGUAUUCAUCAAAUAUUUGCCUCCUUUUGCUUUUAAACAUAAUUUUCAUUAUCCUUGUACUGACCCCACCAUAAAACAAGUUAAUAUGGYGUGGAGGGUAUGUGGAGUGAGAUCUCCUGUGUUCACAGCCCUGCUCAUGGGSACCACAUGAGCUCCACAUGGCAGCAGUUAACCCCGGGUCACACAGGGUACAGGGAAUAUCUGGAAUCUUCGGGGAAACUGAAAAUCUAAGCAACAGCAGCCUGGCAAGACAUCACACAAAGCUUCUGGCAGGAGCUKAACUGGCAGAGCACUGGACUGGUAGUUUGCUCAGUUUAAAAUUAUAGGAAAGAGAAGAGGUUUGUGAUUUCUUAAGUAUUUUUAAUCCUUUAAAAAAGAAAAAAAAAACCUUUCUGAAGCAUUUGCAAUGGUAYCAUCUGGUUGUCAAAUGUAAUCUCAGCAGUAUUAAUUGCAGAUGUUUCCUGAGUUUCUGCAGUGGUAGCUGCAGAGUUUGAUGGAAUUACUUGAAGCACACUGUCUCUGGACUGAGGGAAUCUGCAGCAUCUGUGUCUGGAUGGCCAGUGUCAGCUCAUCUCCCAUAGCAUAAAGCAAGUUACUUCUUUUCAGUGAAUGAAACUUAUCUGCAUUAAAUUGUACUCAUAGUGUUGUUACUCCUGCCACUGUUUUUAUGUGGAGGGUUAAUUUGGUCCUGUUAGUUACCACAGAAAGCUGGUCUCUAGUUACAAGACUGAGGUAUAGCUUUGGUGAUACAACUCAGCCAUCGCUGCUGUUUCCCUGUUUCCUCUUCUCAUCCUGYUCUCUCUGGGCAAGCAAUUGAACUCCAAGCAAAAUUUCAGAAGAAUUACUCUAAGCUGGCUUCUUAAACUGUUUGUGUUCUUGCUCAAUUAUGUGGUAUAAAACAGAACUAUGGGUAUAAAACAAAUGCUAUGGGUUGACUGGCUCAUCAGUUUAAGUAAAAAAUGGUGUACAAUUUUGUUAGUGCAACCACAGUGGCUGCUGUUGGAUGAGUCUAACCUUUUGCCUAAAUACUUUACAAUAAAAAAAGAAUUUGGGAGGUUGAAUUUGAAGUUACUURUUUGCUGGAAAAAUGAAUAUAUGUUAGGCAAAUAGUAGAGGAAAAGAAGACCUUUGCUGUAAAGCCAGUAUAAUCCACUUUUGUUAGCAGUAUGCAAAAUUACAGYGCUGACCCUCCAAACACAGGAUUUUAACAAUGAAGGAUGGUUUAUAUUUUGUGUGUCUCUCAGACCAUACAUUUCAUAGUGCUGAGUUUUAGACUAAUUUUAGCACUAGGCUACUACUAUUUAGGAUGUUCAUUUCUAUGAAAUUUUUUUUAGUUAAACAUUGUUAGUAUUUUUUAAAGCAAUUUUACUCAAAGAAAGGUAUUUUCAGAUGGAAACUUCCUUUAGGGCUUUACUUCAUAGGUUUUGCUCAGAGCCAUAUUAUGCUGUAGGUGUUUUCAGAUAAAAUCAUGAUUGAUUUGAUAAUUCUGUUUUGUAUAACUGACUUUCKGGCCACUGUUUAGAAAGGUUCCUCCUGAUUGGAGGUGAAAAGAUGACAGUCAAGGAUUCCUGGAAUGGUUACAAUCCAUUCAAUUAUCUGUACGUUUUCAAAAUGCAUUUAAAAAUACCUCCUGAGGACUGCAAUAAUUGCUACACUUAUUGAUUAGCCUCUUUCUAAAUCAGUUAUUCAAAAUUUGAAUGUUUCCUUUCAGAUUAMAUUGCAGAAUAAUUAUAAUAAAAUUUUAACUAGAGAUAUAUUCUGACAAAUUUCUCAAAGCUGUGAUGAACAUGAAAGGGAGCUGAGCUAGGCUGCUUUCAAUAUUUCAAUUCAUUUGAAAACUUCUGAAUAAUGRAAGUUUAUCUUUUGGGUUUCAGUUGUUUCUUGUUUUCAGAACUUUCAGAACCUUCUAUUUCACCCCCUGUUAGAAAGAGCCUUGCUUUCUUAGAGGCUUUUGUUAAGCACUCAGGAGGUAUAUUGUUCAAUUAAUUUAACAUACUUUWGUGCUGACAUCAGUGUAAUUAACUUUUAAAUGUAUAGACCUAUGGAACUCCACAGGACUGGUCUCCCUUAUUGUGGCCUUAUUCAAAGGCCAUCCAUCCUCUCCCUUUUGAUGGCACAUAAUCCUCCAAUCACCCAGAGACAAUUGCUGACCACCUACACUGACUGUAGCUGUGGUACCGUAGUUAAGACUGUGGGUUUGGUUUUUCUUUCAAAAGCAGCUCCCUCAGUCCAGAGUCUAUGGGAUCACAGUUAUUCUGACAUGAAGACUGAGUGGUUUAAGAAAAAUAGUCCUAAGUUUUUUUSAAAAUAGUUGAUUCGGUAUCCAAGAGUAAAAUGUCUUUUGGUUUUGAUUUUGCAGAAUUAAUGAGGCAGGGGAUUUUUUUCUUGCAAUGUUUUAUAUGGCCAGAAUUUGUGAUCCCCCAUGGGCURCUCCAGGCUGUUGAGCAGGUGGGUGCAGAGACUUUGUAGUGAUAAUUUCUGAGAGACUUURCAGAUAAUUUCUGAUUCAGAAAUURUCACUAUUACCUUAGUGACGACUGUGCCUUCCACAGCUGGAGGCUUUGUCAUGCAGCCCUUGAACUGGAUUCCUGCUAAUUGCAAUAGAAGCAACUCAUGACACACUCCAUUGGCUAGUCAAAGUCUUUCAUUUUAAAUGAUUACAUUUUUCAUAUUUGGGAAUGCACAUCCAGCAGUAUAAGGUCAAUAAAAGGAGAUUUUGCUGAGACAUCAUAUUUGAUUGCCAUGCUGACUGCAGUCAGACAUUGGAGCUGACUAGCUUUAAAGUAAAUUACUGUAUGAAUAAGAAAAUAAAUCUCUGAAGCCUCAUAAAUAAUUCUAAGAAGGAAUGUAAUUAUAGGAGCUGUAAUGAUAAAACAGAGCAGCUCCUUGGAGCACAGAAGAUACAGCCAUGGAGUAGUGCAGGAGUGAAGACAAGUCUGAGAGUAGGCACAGAAAAAGGACUGCACUUGAGGACAGGGAGCAGGACAGUGAGUUGUGRUGAUGCCUGGGAUACAAAACAGGGUACUUUCUGCUUGAAAACUAGGCUAUGGUAAUGCRCCUAGGAAAGAAACGACUGUUCAUCCCAAAAUACAUUGGUGACACUGCAAUGGCAAGGCAUGCUUUAACUAAAUUUUGAAAAUCUAAGUACACAAUCAGAAAAUUUACUUCUAUGUAGCUUUUUUUCUUUUUUCUUGGACCUGGGUUGGGUUUUUUUUAUUUGGGCUAUUUUCAGGAAAACGAAAGCUUCUCAAUAAAAUAAAGGUGGUGUCUGGAAGCCCUCUUUUAUUUGUUUAACUAAUGACUGUUUAUUACUAUCUGCAUUUGGCAAGAGAUACAACUUCUGGUAAGAGGUUAAAUCAUCACAACCAAUGUAACUUCCCUUUUCAAUGUGAUGGGCCAAAUCCCUAAUGCUUAGAUAUGUCAAAAUACAGAUUUAAAAAAAAAAAAUUAAGAUACUUGAGGUAUGUGUUAUGGGUUGUAAGAACCACGCAUUUCCAUGAAGACAAGGAUUGAUGUGGCAUUUCCAAAGCUUAGUUAAGGUAAKUAGAAUAUUCUCAGUGACCCAGGUCUUUAGCCAAGCUGAUGCAUGGAUUGAUUCCACUGACACUCUAAUGACAUUAUCAGAAAAGAUACUGUGUAAGAAGUGGGAGCAUUUUAGGAUGGGUUUCUCUACCUAAAAGCUGACCUGAUUCUUUACCUAAAAGACAAGACUAUUGAAUGAGUCAAUAUGARAGUCAAAAGAAGAAUUCCUUGUGAGUUUUCUUCUUCAACGUGAUAACUGAGAUUGUAAGAGUUUUAUAUAAACUUGAAGUCCUAAAUGAGAAGACAACUCCCAUGUUGAACCAUACUGGUUCAAUAGUUCCAUACAGCAGGACAUUUUUCUGCAAUGAGUCUGCAGCACUCAGGAGACUGCUGUUUAUUAUCAGCAUUGCAGGGAGGAGGAGAAUUAUGAUAAUAUUAACUACAUAAAUCAUAUAAGGAGGAUGCUUUUUCUUUGUACUCUGUUUUUCCUUGGAAUGACAUAGCYUUGAGGGCCUCCAUGAAUCCUGAUAAGCAAGGCUGCUUUUUGAAUAAGUGACUGAGCAUUUGUAAUUACAAGGGCUGGGACAGUAUGGAAAGGGAAAACUUUAGAGGAAAAGAAGGCAGKGAGGGAUGUGGUGUGGAAUACUGCUACCCCCAAGUCAGUCGAUAUUCCUGCCCUUGCUAGGUUACAGUUUGGGUUAUUUUCAGCAUGUUUGAAAGUGUGUAGAGUUUUACAAGUUUUUGUAGUGGGGAUGCAGGCAUCCAGAAUCUAACAGGAUUAUAGGUGCAUCUUCCUCAUUUUUGACUAUUACUUGAUAUAAUUUUAUACCAAGUUCUUUGUUUUUAAAGAAUUUCAGGCACUGAGAAUACAGAGUGCAUAUUUAUUUCUAAGCUUUAAGUAGAACACAGUGUAUUUUUUAAUCCUUUCCAUACUUUUCAGUUAAGUGUUCACAAGACUAUAUCAAAUAAAAUUCCAAGUUUUUCUAUCUUUCUACAAGCCACUUUAAGUUUCAUCUGAAUUUGGUACAUGUCUUUCACAGAACACUAAAUGGGGAAUACGUGCUUCAAGCAUUAAGAUGGUUUCUGUCCUUUUCCCUAUUUACAUUGCAUUACAUUUCACGAUUUUUUCUUUGAGGCAGAGAGAAUAGAUAGAAAAUGUGUUGAGUGUGUUACAGGGGCACACAAUGUGUUUCUUUGUGCCUGGUUUCAAGGAAUGUACUAUAAUGUUUGACUGCUCACAGAUUUACAUAAUUUGAAUACAGGACUGUUGUGUUGUAUUUCCUGUUACUCAAAAACAUUUGGGGAAAAGAAUUUUCUGUGUAUAAUUUUAUUUUCAUACUGAUCUCUAUUUUGUUUAAGACCAUGUUUCAUCAUGAAAUCACUUAAUUAAAAUAAAUCUUCUUACAAAAUCCACUUGGUAAAUCAUCUCUUUU